AUGGACGGUAGCAAGCAGCAGCCGGAAGCGUCUGCGCUGCCGGCGUCCGCUGUGAGGGCGGCUGGCAGCGCAAGCGACCAGGGCGGCCACGGCAUCCUGCUGUACUACAAAUACGUAAUCCUGGCCGGCCGCGAGGCCGAGUUGGCCGCUUGGUACGAGGCCCAGUGCAGUGGCCUGGGCCAGAAGGGGCGCAUCCGCGUCGCCGCGGACGGAGUCAACGUCACGGUGCGCCGGACGGUGGGGGGCGCGAUGGCGGGCCUAGGCGCCCACAUGGAGGCGGUCCGAGGGCACCCCAUCAUCCAAGGCGCGGACAUCGACUUCAAGGAGCUCGUGAGCCUCGGCGCCGGCGCGCGCUCCGCCGCAGACCCCUUUUCGAACGGCGGCCGCCACCUGCCGCCGCGCGCGUUCCACGACAUGCUGGAGCGCGCCGCGGCGGAGGGGGCCGGGGGCGGCGGCUGCCAGACGGUGCUGAUCGACGCGCGCAACGCGUACGAGACGCAGAUCGGGAGGUUUGAUGUCAGCGGCGUUGAGCUGAUGGAUCCGCGCACUCGGGCCUUCUCCGAGUUGCCAGCCUGGAUGGACGCCCAUGAGUCAGCGCUGGCUGGCAAGAGGGUGCUCAUGUACUGCACCGGGGGCGUGCGCUGCGAGCGCGCGAGCGCUUAUCUGCGUGAGAAGGGGCCCGCCUUUGCCGAGGUCUACCAGCUGUCCGGCGGCGUGCAGCGCUACCUGGAGGAAUUUCCGGACGGCGGCCUCUUCGCGGGCAAGCUCUUCGUGUGA